GAGCAGCGGGCAGUGGCCUGGCGAGUUUCCCCGGAGAGGAGCUGGAUUCCGGUGCAGGGACGGAGCGAGGAGUCAGAGCAGAGUAGUGUGAAAAUGGAAGAGCAGGGGCUGAGAAGACCCAUUCAAAGGGAGAGACUGGAGUCCAAAGGAAAAAGAUCUCCUGCAGGCCAAGAUGAGACCUUCAGAGAUCUUCUGCCUUGUGCAGAUUUAUGUGAAAUUAAGAAGGAGGCAGAGGAGGGGCAGUCACAGCAGCACUGGGAUGCCCAGUGGCAGGAUUUCCUGAAGACGAUGCACCAUCCUCAUUCAAGCUGGGAAACCCCACUGGCUCCCAGUCCUCCCCACUCUGGGGAUGCUGUCCUCCUGGCCUCCUUCAGGGGAGCUGAGGAUGACAGCCAGUGGUCCAGCGGGAGAGCAGGCAGGACAGACCAGACCCUGCCCCCAGACACUGAGGGGCUUCUGGAAAAGGAAUCGUGGCCUGUGGAAGAUGUUGCAAUUAAGUCCCCCAAGUCUGAGCAGGAUCCCUUGGACACAGAGAACAUCCAUCUCUCGGCAAAGGCUGCGGGAGAGAGUGAAGAAGAGGCCAGUUUUCUGGGUCAGGAAGAUGAGGGUCAGAAUUCAUUGGAGCCACCUGUGAAUUUAUUGGGAAGAACAAAAAAACAGUUUAAAUGUAUGGAAUGUGGGAUGUGCUUUAGUCACAGGGGAACACUGAGGAUACACCAACAAAGUCACACAGGGGAGAAACCAUUUGAAUGUAUGCAGUGUGGAAAGAGCUUCAGCGAAAGUAAAACACUUAGAAGACAUCAACAAACUCACAUGGGGGAGAAACCAUUUAAAUGUAUUGAAUGUGGAAAGAGCUUCAGUAAAAAUGAAUCACUUAGAAUACAUCAACGAACUCACACAGGGGAGAAACCAUUUAAAUGUAUUGAAUGUGGAAAGAGCUUCAGUAGAAGUGAUGGACUUAGAACACACCAACGAACUCACACGGGGGAGAAAGCAUUUGAAUGUAUUGAAUGUGGAAAGAACUUCAGUAGAAGUGAAUUACUUAGAACACACCAACGAAUUCACACAGGGGAGAAACCAUUUAAAUGUAUUGAAUGUGGAAAGAGCUACAGUCAAAAUGCACACCUUAGAAGACACCAACAAACUCACACGGGGGCGAAACCAUUUAAAUGUAUUGAAUGUGGAAAGAGCUUCAGUAGAAGUGGAAAACUUAAAGUACACCAACGAACUCACACAGGGGAGAAACCAUUUAAAUGUAUUGAAUGUGGAAAGACCUUCAGUCAAAAUGAACACCUUACAAUACAUAAACGAACUCACACAGGGGAGAAACCAUUUAAAUGUAUUGAAUGUGGAAAGACCUUCAGUCAAAUUGGAGGCCUUAGAACACACCAAGGAACUCACAUGGGGGAGAAACCAUUUAAAUGUAUUGAAUGUGGAAAGAGCUUCAGCCAAAGUGGAAAACUAAAAGUACAUCAACGAACUCACAUGGGGGAGAAACCAUUUAAAUGUAUUGAAUGUGGAAAGAGCUACAGUGGAAGUGGAGACCUUAGAAUACACCAACGAACUCACACGGGGGAGAAACCAUAUAAAUGUAUGGAAUGUGGAAAGAGCUUCAGUCAAAGUGGAAAACUUAAAGUACAUCAACAAACUCACACAGGGGAGAAACCAUUUAAAUGUAUUGAAUGUGGAAAGAGCUUCAGUCAAAGUGGAAAACUUAAAGUACAUCAACGAACUCACACGGGGGAGAAACCAUUUAAAUGUAUUGAAUGUGGAAAGAGCUUCAGUCUAAGUGGAGACCUUAGAAAACACCAACGAACUCACACGGGCGAGAAACCAUAUAAAUGUAUGGAAUGUGGAAAGAGCUUCAGUCAAAGUGGAAAACUUAAAGUACAUCAACAAACUCACACAGGGGAGAAACCAUUUAAAUGUAUUGAAUGUGGAAAGAGCUUCAGUCAAAGUGGAAAACUUAAAGUACAUCAACAAACUCACACAGGGGAGAAACCAUUUAAAUGUAUUGAAUGUGGAAAGAGCUUCAGUCUAAGUGGAGACCUUAGAAAACACCAACGAACUCACACGGGCGAGAAACCAUAUAAAUGUAUGGAAUGUGGAAAGAGCUUCAGUCGAAGUGGAGACCUUAGAAAACACCAACGAACUCACACGGGGGAAAAACCGCUGAAAUGUAUUGAAUGUGGAAAGAGCUUCAGUGAUAGUGGAAACCUCAGAAUACAUCAACGAACUCACACGGGAGAAAGCAUUUGAAUGUAUUGAAUGCGGAAAAUGUCUGCAUUUAAAUGUGUUGAAUGUGGCAAGGGCUUCAGUCAACAUGGACCCCAUAGGAGACACCAGCAAAUUCACACAGUGGGAAAACCAUAUAAAUGUAUAGAAUUUUCCACUCAGUGUUCCCAGAGUUCCUGGGAAGUUAUGAUGACUGUCAAGUCUAUGGAUGUGCAGAAAAUAAUUUAGCAUUGAUUGUUUUUUAUCUUGGGGGCCAUGCUAUUUUGCGACCCUCUCUUUUUCAAGAUGUAUCUGUAGAUUGUUGAUCUGGAUAGCUUGAAAUCUGGCAUUCUGGACUCUCCCCGCAGUUCUGCAUAUUGCUCAGAACUGAGAGCUGGAUCUGGAUUUCCUGUGUCAGUGCAUCAUUCCCACCUACACUUCCGUGGUUAGUGAAUAUUGCUGGUUUGGGUUCCUUUGGACCAGUUGCUAAUAACCUUGUGUUGUUGUUCAAAAUGGUUUUUUUGUGAUAAUGGGUUCUUAAAACUUUAAUA